GUGGCAUUUAAUAUGUAAGUUGAAAUCAAGACUAUGUUCAACCAACGUGAUCUACUUUUCUUGCCCACACCCGUCAAUCUGUUUAUAUAAAUAAAUGCCUCGACUUACAUAAUUCCAAUUUACCACUCUCUCUAAUUCUAUUACUAUUAUAUAUUCCAGCCAUUUUCCACCCCACCUUCCCACAACUUGUUCAUCUCUCUCUCUCUCUCUCUCUCUCUCUCUCUCUCUCCAUAUAAGGUUGCAUCCAUUAUUGGAUACUGCUGCUGCAACUGUGUAUAAGAAGCAGAAAAACUUAUCACAUAAAAGAUAGAUCAUAUUCUUGACCGGAAUUUGUUGAAACUUGUAUUAUCCAGUUUGCAAGAAGAAGCGAUGGAAUUCAGUAGCCUACUAGAUACUUCAUUGAAUCUCAACGCCAAGCCGCCUCCGUUGCCGCCACCGCCGCCAAAACAAGAAGGCGAGAGUCAAUUAUUCAUGGCGUUUGGUAGAAAUGAAGAGAGAGGGGCGUUGGUGGAGGAGAUAAAUAGGAUGAGUGCAGAAAACAAGAAGCUGACAGAAAUGUUAAGUAUGAUGUGUGAGAAUUACAGUGGGCUAAGGAGCCAAUUAGCGGAGUACAGAAGCAAGAAAAGGAAGAGCAACGACAACGUGGAGAGCAGCUCUAGCGACGAAGAUUCCUCCAACAAAACCCUCAUCAAACCCAACAUUAUUUCGCACUCUCAUGUCCGAACACAAGCCUCCGACACAAGCCUUAUAGUGAAGGAUGGUUAUCAAUGGAGGAAGUAUGGGCAGAAGGUGACUAGAGACAACCCUUCUCCAAGAGCUUAUUUCAAGUGCUCUUUCGCUCCUACCUGUCCGGUGAAGAAGAAGGUCCAAAGAAGUGUGGAAGAUCAAUCCAUAGUAAUUGCAACGUACGAAGGAGAGCACAACCACCCUCACCCUUCGAAAGUGGAGGCGCCGCCCAACCGGAGCUCCCCGUCUCUCAGCCCAUUGGCACCAAGAAUCACCCUUGAUCUCACCAACUCAACCCCAACUUCAGAUGAUUUGAGAGGGAAAGCUCAAGUGCAGCACUGCUUAGUGGAACAGAUGGCUUCAACCUUAACAAAAGAUCCCACUUUCAAAGCAGCUUUGGCAGCUGCCAUAUCAGGGAAGUUUCUUCAACAAAACAAAUGGUGACGGCACCUCCACAUUUUUUAUUGCCCAACUGAACAAGACAAGACAAAAAUGGUAUCCGCCAUCAAAAUUGAUGGAGCUUCAAAGAGUUGGAAAGACAAGAUUUAUUGUAAAUGCCAAUUCAUAUUUACAGCAACACAGUUUUUCGAAAUCGAGACAUUACAAAUGGGUGUGUGCUUUUGAAUUCA